UGAAAACAUCUCGGGGCAGUCGACCUCCCAUCAAUUCCUCGCCACCACUGCCGCCGCCUUCUCCUCCUGCACUCGGUUUCGCCGUAUUGCGGCGAUCCAUGGCCUCCACGUCUUGGUCCCUUUCCGCCGCCUCUUUGGCCCAUCGUCCCUCGCCGUGGCCGUCACGAGCGCCGCAGAAGAUGGCGGCAGCGGUUGGUAGCCUCGGCCGAUGCGGCUGUCUCCUUUUGCCUCCGUCUUCGAUUCUCCGGAGGAGCCGCCGAAGAGGGAACUGUGCCGUUUGCAUGGCUCCCGAGGAAGAGAAGAUGACCCGCCGCUCCCCUCUCGAUUUUCCCAUCGAAUGGGAAAGGCCAAAACCUGGCAGAAGACCUGAUAUCUUCCCACAAUUUAGCCCAAUGAAAACUCCACUGCCAACUCCGCUGCCAGAAGACCCUCCUGAAGAGGACGAAGAAGAGGAGGAAGAAAAGAAUGAGGAGGAAGAAGAAGAUCCAGAUCAACAACCAGAUGAGAAUUCCAGGAUGCAACAUGGAGGAUGGUUUUGAGCAAUAACAUCUUGCAAAGAGAAGUUUUUGAUUUGUUGAUCCAGCUAGGAACACUGUAGCUACAGCCUGUAUGAAGUUUCAUGUGACACUUUCCAGUUAUCCACAAACGAUGGCUAUAAGAGUGCAAACAUUUCUUAGUUUUUUUGUGUCUGUUAUUAUAAUAUAUGUUGCGACUCUCUAGUUAUUUUGCUCUGAUAAUGCCGAAAUUUGGCUUAGGUUUAGCGAAGAUUGAAUUUAUUUUUGUCAUAAACAUUGCCUUCAUUUAGGCA